AUGAGUUAAAAGUGGAAAUUAAUUCCAUAAUACAUUUAGGAACUAUAAGAAUAGAACGACGAAAAUUCAAUGGCUGUUUUAAGAAAACUGGGCAAAUUAUAAAGUUUGAAAGAAUGCGUGGAUAGAGACGAGAGCGAGUUAAAGAAACAAUAUAUAUUAUUGAUGAGAGAGAGAAACGAAUAUUUCAAGAAGUUAAAAGCCAUACAACAAAUAAAUGAGCAAAAUCCCAACUCUCAACUAGCCUAAUCUAUAUAAUUGUUAUUCGACGCAAUUAAUAAGCAAUAAUGA